AUGGUCCUUUUGCUGAUCCUUGCAAUCCUAUUAUUGAAGGAGGAUGUCAACGGGAACUUUGGACUUUUGGUUUCUGCACAGACCAAUGAAAGAAGGGUGGUUGCAUAUGUGCCUGGUGAUAUUAUUAUCGGAGCUCUGUUUUCAGUCCAUCAUCAGCCAACUGUUGACAAGGUCCAUGAGAGGAAAUGUGGAGAGGUAAGGGAGCAAUAUGGCAUACAGAGAGUGGAGGCAAUGCUUCAUACCCUUGACAGAAUUAAUUUGGACCCAACACUAUUGCCAAAUAUAACAUUAGGCUGUGAAAUAAGAGACUCAUGUUGGCAUUCUGCUGUGGCUUUGGAGCAAAGCAUUGAGUUUAUAAGGGACUCUCUUAUUUCGUCGGAAGAAGAGGAAGGGCUGGUACGCUGUGUUGAUGGAUCUUCAUCAUCUUUCCGCUCCAAAAAGCCGAUUGUUGGUGUCAUUGGACCUGGUUCUAGUUCAGUAGCUAUCCAAGUCCAGAACUUGUUGCAGCUUUUCAAUAUACCUCAGAUAGCUUAUUCUGCCACAAGCAUGGACUUAAGUGACAAAACUCUGUUCAAAUACUUCAUGAGAGUCGUUCCAUCUGAUGCACAACAAGCUCGGGCCAUGGUGGACAUAGUCAAACGGUAUAACUGGACCUAUGUUUCUGCUGUGCAUACUGAAGGUAACUACGGCGAAAGUGGAAUGGAAGCUUUUAAAGAUAUGUCGGCCAAGGAGGGGAUCUGCAUUGCACAUUCCUACAAGAUCUACAGUAAUGCUGGUGAACAGAGUUUUGACAAACUGCUGAGAAAGCUAAGGAGCCAUCUGCCCAAGGCAAGAGUGGUUGCCUGCUUCUGUGAGGGCAUGACUGUGAGAGGGCUGCUUAUGGCCAUGAGGCGUCUGGGGCUUGCCGGAGAGUUUUUGCUGCUAGGCAGUGAUGGCUGGGCAGACAGGUACGAUGUGACAGACGGAUACCAGCGUGAAGCUGUUGGGGGAAUAACGAUCAAGCUUCAGUCUCCUGAUGUGAAAUGGUUUGAUGAUUAUUACCUGCAGCUUCGGCCAGAAACCAAUCACCGAAACCCAUGGUUUCAGGAAUUCUGGCAGCACAGGUUCCAGUGUCAGCUGGAGGGGUCUCCUCAACAGAACUAUAAAUACAACAAGACUUGCACCAGUGAGAUGACUCUUAAAAUGCAACACGUUCAGGAUUCUAAAAUGGGAUUUGUAAUCAAUGCAAUAUAUUCCAUGGCCUAUGGUCUCCACAACAUGCAGACAGCAUUAUGUCCAGGCUAUGUGGGCCUCUGUGAUGCUAUGAAGCCAAUAGAUGGUCAAAAACUUCUAGACUUUCUCAUGAAGACUAAUUUCACCGGAGUUUCUGGGGACAUGAUCUUGUUUGAUGAGAAUGGAGACUCACCAGGAAGGUAUGAGAUCAUGAAUUUUAAGAAGAUGGGGAAGGAUUACUUUGACUAUAUCAAUGUUGGAAGCUGGGACAAUGGGGAACUGAAAAUGGACGAUGACGAAAUAUGGUCUGAGAAAAAUAUUAUCAUCAGAUCGGUCUGCAGCGAACCUUGUGAAAAAGGCCAGAUAAAGGUAAUCCGUAAAGGAGAAGUCAGUUGCUGUUGGACUUGUACCCCUUGUAAAGAGAACGAGUAUGUCUCUGAUGAAUACACCUGCAACGCAUGCCAACUAGGCUCCUGGCCCAAUGAUGAACUUACAGGUUGUAUCCUCAUCCCAGUCCAGUAUCUCAGAUGGGGUGAUCCCGAACCAAUUGCAGCAGUUGUUUUUGCCUGUCUGGGUCUGCUGGCCACGCUGUUUGUUACAGCUAUAUUCAUCAUGUACCGUGAUACGCCAGUGGUCAAGUCAUCCAGCCGAGAACUCUGCUACAUUAUUCUAGCUGGCAUAUGCCUGGGUUACUUGUGCACCUUCUGUCUCAUUGCAAAGCCUCAGCAGAUUUAUUGUUACCUUCAAAGGAUUGGCAUUGGUCUCUCCCCGGCUAUGAGUUAUUCUGCCCUAGUGACUAAAACCAAUCGCAUUGCAAGAAUCCUGGCUGGCAGCAAGAAGAAAAUCUGUACUAAGAAACCUAGGUUCAUGAGUGCCUGUGCCCAGCUGGUGAUUGCAUUUAUCUUAAUUUGUAUACAGCUAAGCAUAAUUGUUGCCCUUUUCAUAAUGGAACCUCCAGAUAUAAUGCACGAUUACCCAAGCAUCCGAGAGGUUUAUUUGAUUUGUAACACCACCAAUCUAGGUGUUGUAACUCCCCUUGGAUACAAUGGAUUGUUAAUUUUAAGUUGCACCUUUUACGCAUUUAAGACAAGAAAUGUCCCAGCUAAUUUCAAUGAAGCUAAAUAUAUUGCCUUUACAAUGUAUACCACCUGCAUCAUUUGGCUGGCUUUUGUGCCAAUAUAUUUUGGGAGCAACUACAAGAUAAUCACCAUGUGUUUCUCAGUCAGCUUGAGCGCCACCGUGGCCUUGGGCUGCAUGUUUGUGCCCAAGGUGUACAUCAUCCUUGCUAAGCCUGAAAGAAACGUACGCAGCGCAUUCACCACAUCCACCGUGGUUCGCAUGCACGUUGGUGAUGGAAAGUCAUCUUCUGCUGCAAGCCGCUCCAGUAGCCUGGUGAACCUGUGGAAAAGAAGGGGAUCAUCUGGUGAAACACUUAGGUACAAAGGCAGGAGACUGGCCCAGCACAAGUCGGAAAUAGAGUGUUUCACCCCAAAAGGGAGUAUGGGCAAUGGUGGGAGAGCUACAAUGAGCAGUGAAGAAUCUGUUCGCAUUCCUGAGUGUAAUCGAUCUGAGUCAAGUAGAGAUGGGAAAGAGAUUCCUGGUAAAGAUGAUGCCCUAAUAGUCAAAAAGACUGGAAACUUUAUCAAUGUAAUAGUCCCACAGAAAGACUGUCAGCUUCAAGACCUGCUCAAACACUCUAAUGGGAAAUCAGUCUCGUGGGCCCAGAACGAGAAGAGCAGUAGAGGAGCACACCUUUGGCAAAGGCUAUCAAUCCACAUCAACAAAAAGGAGAAUCCCAACCAAACUGCAGUGAUCAAGCCCUUUUCUAAAAGCACAGAUAGUAGCCGACAUAGCAGCAGCACCACUAUUCCCGAGACCAGUGCCAAAAUGCUGUAUGACGUCUCAGAAGCAGAGGAGCAUUACCCAGCUCAGUACCGGCCACAAACCCCCUCACCUGUCAGUACGGUAAGCCACAGAACUGCCUCCGUUAGCCGAACAGAUGACGAUGUCCCUACUUUCCAGACGGAGAAUACCCAGAGAAGCAGCUCCUCUCAAGGUUCCCUGAUGGAGCAGAUCAGCAGUGUGGUCACACGCUUCACAGCCAACAUCAGCGAGUUAAACUCUAUGAUGCUUUCCACCACCACACCAGGGGCCAUGGUGGCCACUCCUCUCUGUUCUUCAUACUUGAUUCCAAGGGAAAUCCAGCUUCCUACCACAAUGACCACAUUUGCAGAGAUCCAACCACUCCCUGCCAUUGAAGUCAAUGGUGCAUCCCAGUCAGCUAGGAAACCUUCAAAUGGCAGCAUCAAGGAAGGUACUUCAGAGGCCCCACCACCGGCAAAGCAAGAUCUUGAGGAAUUGGUAGCUUUAACUCCUCCUUCCCCUUUUAGAGAUUCCAUUGAUUCAGGGAGCGCAUCUCCCAGCUCUCCGGUGUCUGAAUCAGCUCUCUGUAUCCCUUCCUCCCCGAAGUAUGACACGCUUAUCAUCAGAGAUUACACUCAAAGUUCUUCUUCGCUGUGA